UUAAUUGUCUUUAAUUAACUUGCUAGAUUAAGAUAGUUGGGAAGAUCUUUUUGAUAUGAACCUUUGUUGACAAACAGUUUUCCGGAAAAGUGAACUUCCAGUUAUCAGCUGUCAGUCAUCAAUGAAGUUAUUGCUGCCCUCAAGACAUUUACGAGAUACAACAUAAUAAUUCGGCUAAUGCGUUCCAACUAACGUAGUCAUUGCAGAUAAAUGGUAUCCUUGACAGAUAUAUUGUAAACCAUGGAAAUUGAUGUUUGGCAACAAAUUCCUGACCAUAUAAUUGUCAAUGUAUUUGGUUAUCUCAGCCUAAGUGAACGAUACUAUGCUUCAUUGGUAUGUAAAUCUUGGCAGCAAUGUUUUCAUUCACAGUAUUUAUGGCGGACAUUUGAGUUUAAUUUGAAUAAAGACAAUGCAGAAUUUAGAAACUUUGCAGAUUGUGUUGUCCAACAUGGACGUCAUUUCCGUGAUGUGUCAAUUUACCUUUAUCAAAAAGAUGCUGAAAAGAGAAAAUGUGCUGUUGAAAUCAUUAAUUUACUUUGCAAAGUCAGACAAGGUAAAUUAAAUAAAUUUGGGAUCUAUUUUACUGGAGAGAAUCCACUUUUCUAUGCAGGAUUAGAAUUUGUUGAAGCUUUGAAAACCUUUUUUGGAUAUAUCCCAGAUGAACUGUCCCCCAGACAUAGUCUUGUUGAAGUGAACCUUAGUGGAUUACAGGCUGCUUUUGAUGACAGUUUGAUUGAUGAACUUUCUAAAAACCAUCCAGAAAUUGAAUCUCUCAAUCUUUUUAAUAGAAUUCUUGUUUGCAAAGUAACACCAGAUUGCAUAUUGCGUUUGGUCAAAAGAUGUCAAAAGUUGCAAGAUUUACGAGUAUAUCAUACAAGUCUAUCAGACGAAAUCUUAGAAACCUUAGCAGAAGAUGACAGGAGUCCAAUACAAUAUCUUGCAAUUGGCUGCAGAAGAGAAUUGAAAUAUGAAAGUGAUCUAACUUCAAAUGCUUGGGCUAAACUAGUAGCAAAAAUUCCAGAAUUUAGAGUAUCAUUGCAUUUUGACCAUACAGUACCUCAAGUGAAAGUAGCAGAUGUAUUUAAACCAGAAAUACCACUGAAGCAACUUAGAUUGGAAACUUUUUCAAUUUUGAUUGACGAGAUCAAAACUGUUUCCAGGUUUUAUUGUGACACACUGGAAACCUUAAUACUCCAAACAAGAAAUUCAUACGAGUUAGGUGUAGCUUUGCUAGAUUUAGCCCAUACUUGUAAACAGUUGACCUGUUUGAAAGUAUAUUGUAUUCUUGACAAAGAAGUUGUUCAGGGAAUACAUGCAGAGUUGCCACAACUGAGAGAAAAAGGAAAUUAUAUAUUAAAGAGUGAAAUGGUACCAGAACCAUGGAUGAUUCCAACUAGGAAGAGUCUACUCACUGUACAGCGGGAAUUUCCUUUCAAAUGAUCCCUACAAGAAAAAGCCUAUUGACUGUUUAACAGGAAUUUCCUUUCAAAUGGUCCCUAC